AAGUUAUUCGCUGUUUCAAUGCUGAAAUGUCUCCGAGACUCAAGGCUUUAAUUUUUAAAUCUCUGUCGGAUGUACGAUUUCAUUUAUUUUUUUCUCUCUAAGUAAAGUACAACGCAAGAUUGGGAGCAGGUAAAUGGGUAAUAUGGCAGUUAGGAGCGUCCUUUGAAGUCUUUCCCAUUUUCGUCGCUGGAUUGAUCGUGUAAUUUGGAGUGAGGGGCGCUGUGUUGUUUGAAAAGCCUCAUGUUUUCACCGGGUCAAGAGGAGCACUGUGCGCCCACCAAAGAGCCAGUAAAGUACGGCGAACUGGUGGUUUUGGGGUACAAUGGUUCACUCCCCAAUGGAGACAGAGGGCGAAGGAAAAGCCGGUUUGCCCUUUACAAGAGAGCCAAAGCCAACGGUGUCAAACCCAGUACUGUACACAUCCUUAACACGCCACAAGCCAGCAAGGCAGUGAACUGUAAGGGCCAGCACAGCAUCUCCUACACACUGUCCAGAAACCAGACGGUGGUGGUGGAGUACAGCCAUGACAAAGACACAGACAUGUUCCAGAUCGGACGAUCGACGGAGGGCCCUAUUGACUUUGUGGUGACUGACACUGUGUCAGGGGGAGGGGAGAGUGAGGACACACCCAUCACUCAAAGCACCAUCUCCCGCUUUGCCUGCCGGGUGGUGUGUGAACGUAACCCGCCCUACACAGCGCGCAUCUACGCCGCAGGCUUUGAUUCUUCCAAGAAUAUUUUUCUUGGAGAGAAAGCAGCCAAAUGGAAGAAUCCAGAUGGUCACAUGGACGGGCUGACAACCAAUGGUGUGCUAGUCAUGCACCCACGGGGCGGGUUCACAGAGGAGUCCAAGCCUGGUGUGUGGAGGGAGAUAUCAGUGUGUGGAGAUGUUUACACACUGAGAGAAACACGGUCUGCUCAAACUCGAGGCAAACUGGUGGAAAGUGAGAGUAAUGUACUGCAGGAUGGCUCUCUGGUUGACCUGUGCGGAGCCACACUGCUCUGGCGCACAGCCGACGGACUUUUCCACACCCCCACUCAGAAGCACCUGGAGGCCUUGCGGCAGGAGCUGAACGCAGCCCGGCCUCAGUGCCCCGUGGGCCUCAACACCCUGGCAUUUCCCAGCAUGCAGCGCUGCAGCCGUGCCCUGUCCAACGUACCCACCCAGGAGGACAAACAGCCCUGGGUCUACCUUGCCUGUGGCCAUGUUCACGGCUACCACGACUGGGGCCACCGUUCCGAGCGAGACCCCAAUGCUCAAAGAGAGUGUCCCAUGUGCAGAACUGUGGGCCCCUAUGUUCCUCUCUGGCUUGGAUGCGAACCGGCCUUUUACGUAGAUACUGGCGCACCGACGCAUGCCUUUGUACCUUGCGGCCACGUGUGCUCUGAAAAAUCAGCCCGAUAUUGGGCGGAGAUUCCUUUACCGCACGGCACCCACGCUUUCCAUGCUGCCUGCCCCUUUUGUGCUACCCAACUCAAUCUGAUGCAGAAGUGGGCCAAGCUUAUCUUUCAGGGGCCUGUAGACUGAGCGCAUAGAGGAGGUCACAAUGAACUGGUGGACAGUGGAUUAUUACAUAAUUGAAGUGGAAUCCAUUUUGCUGAAGGACAGUAUAGGUAGAAGGCGCAAAUAAGGACUGAUUCAUACCGCAAGCUGUGAAGCUGCCCUUGAAAUGCUUAUGCUGGAGAGCAGGUUUUUGCUCCGAUGACAUGAAUGACAGGAGAUGUCCAUCAUGAUUUCCUGACAGUUAUUUUGUCUACCGACCUACAAGAUGUCAAUUCACACCCAGCAUUACCACAUCACUCAGGAGAUUUAAUACCUUUUAUAUAUAGGAUUCUUGGCUUUAGAUUCAAGGUGCUUAGUUUGGUUCUUGAUGAUCAUCCUUCCUGUGGAGUUUUGUUGCUUUAAUAAUCCUUCCGGUGAAUUCCAAAGAACUUGAUUAUCUGGUUCUAGUGUGUCGAGUUGGAACUAAACUCUGCAGGAUGGUUGGAACCCCAGGAGCAGGAUCCAUUAUUUUAAGUACUUCUAUGUGUGGGAACUCCCAUAUCCCAAAUUCCUCUGAGGGCUUCUACAAGGAUCCACUUGUUGGAGCAGUGAUUUGGGAACUGCAAUACUAAAAUGGUGUUUUCCAAAGAUAAAAAAGGGUGAUUCUGUUUAGUUUGUUUUAUUUUAUCCUUUACAUGAAGAGCUACCAACAUAACACUCCUAAAGGUUUCUGCAGGAAUACUGAUCAGCCACAGUGGAUGCUUCGUUUUUCAAACGGAUUGUGUACAGUGGAAUUAGAGUAACUUGUCACGUUUAGCCUAGUCCUCCAUGUUCACCUACUUCAGUGAUCUCAAGUAUUUGGAAACUAACACAUUUUUUCGUUUUUGUCUCAAUGGUAGAAGAUUUUAAGCUUUGAUGUAAAGGUGUUUUUAUUCAUACCGGGGUAACCGGUAAAACAAUUAACAAAGGAUGUUGCCAAAUAUUUUAAACAAAUAGUUUGUAACUAAAAGUAUAGUUUCUGGUGUAACUUUUACCACUUGAAAAAUGUGUUCCAAAUAUAUUGGUAAUGUUCAUUGCUUGCCAUUUUCCCCUCAUUUUCCACAUGUUGAUGUUGCUCUACAAUCAAAGCUGAUGUGAAAAUUGUGGCUUAUUCUGCAAUCAGCAUCUAGUUUUAUCCCAAAUGUGGAAAAUUAUUAAAUUGAGAUUGAAAACAAUGAUGGUAGAGGUUUAUGACGUACAGGAGCUAUGAGACUGUGAUCGCUUGGUAACCAUUUCUUACUGGUCAAAAUUCAUUUUAUUUCAACUGUGUUUUAUAAGCUUAUGAGAUUAAAAUGACUUAUUCCACUAUUUUCCUAAAAUUUAUACAGAGAUGGUUUCUUAUAACUAAAGACAUUUUUACAGGGGUGUCAAAGAAGAUUUUUUAGGCACACUGAAGGGUAUUUUUUUUAAACUUGCAUUUACAGAGCCUUUUUUUUUUUUUUUUUUACUCACUGAAAAGUAUUUUACUACACAAAAGCCCAUGUACAGAUUGUUUGUUUGUUAAAACAGAUACUAAUAUAUUUAUUCAAUAUGUACUUUACUGUGUUUUAGGUGUCUGUAUGAAUGUAUCAGCCUGAACAACAACAUCUGGUCAUCAUUCAUUUAAGUGCAUGCUGCGUCCUCAUACUUAGCCUGUUUACAGUUGGUAGUCAUAAUUUCUUUGAUUGAUGUUCAAGCCUUCUGGCCAUGCUUUUUGCAAAAUAACCCAAGAUUUCUACCACACUCAAUGUUACUUUCAGACCCAAUAUGAACACUGUAAAAUGUCACCUUAGAUUUCAUGUGUAAAUGAAUUAUUGAAAUGUU